AUGGCUGAUAACAGCAACCCCGCGAAUGUCGACGACACUCCCAUUUCUCCCAUUGGAGCUUCGGGACGCAAGAACUCUCUGGAGCAGCACUUGCAGCACCGUCCAGAGCGUUCUGAGCUGGUGGAGAAAAACAUCCUCCCAGACUCGACAGCCGCACCUGGCCUGCAGGAGAAACAGAGAGAGCUGGAGAAACACAUGCGCGCAGAUUCCCUAAACGAUAAAAUCUCGCACCGACCCUCCCCCGAAGAGCUCAUCAAGGAGGGCGUCUUGAAGGACGACCCGCGAUCGCCGGAAGAGAAAUAUGCCGAAGCAAUUGAGGAUGAGUAUGCCAAGCGAGAGGGAGGCGCAUGA